UCGGACGGCAAUCGGUCGCGCCGCCACAGUCGACUGGUGUCAUCAGAGCGGGGUUGUGAGCGGGAUCGCGGGGGGGCACCCAAAGCCUAGCCUGACGCAAAAUUAAGAACUGUGUAAUAAAUAAAGGCAGGAAAAAUGGGAAACCGCGUCGCCCGUGAAGAUUACGAGUGGGUCUACACAGACCAACCGCACGCCGACCGGAGGAAGGAGAUUUUGGCAAAAUACCCCCAGAUAAAAUCCCUGAUGGGCCCUGAUCCAAGGCUGAAAUGGAUUGUCUGCUUGAUGGUGGCAGUCCAGUUUUUGGCUUUCUACUUGGUGAAAGACCUUGACUGGAAGUGGGUCUUGUUCUGGACGUAUGCCUUUGGGAGCUGUGUGAACCACUCCAUGACUCUAGCCAUCCAUGAGAUUUCUCAUAACACAGCCUUUGGUAACAACAAAGCUACAUGGAACCGAUGGUUUGCCAUCUUUGCCAACCUUCCCAUUGGCCUACCCUACUCGGCAUCCUUCAAACGCUACCACCUGGACCACCACCGCUACCUGGGUGGUGAUGGUGUGGACGUGGACAUCCCAACCAAUUUUGAAGGCUGGUUCUUCUGCACUCGUUUCCGCAAAUUUGUAUGGAUCAUCCUUCAGCCGUUGUUCUAUGCCAUACGCCCACUGGUCAUUAACCCCAAACCUAUCACCCAGCUGGAGCUGAUCAAUGUGGCUGUGCAGUUUACCUUCAAUGCCGGCCUCUACUGGCUGUGGGGCAUCAAGCCUGUCGUCUACAUGAUGGCUGGCUCCAUGUUGGGCAUGGGCUUGCACCCCAUCUCUGGACACUUCAUAGCAGAGCACUACAUGUUCCUCAAGGGCCAUGAGACCUACUCCUACUAUGGUUCACUCAACCUGCUCACCUUCAAUGUGGGUUACCACAACGAGCACCACGACUUCCCCAGCAUCCCUGGGUGCAGGCUGCCACUGGUGAAAAAAAUUGCAGCAGAAUACUACGAUGAUCUUCCACAGUACACUUCGUGGGUCAAGGUCCUGUAUGACUUUAUCAUGGACGACGAGCUGAGCCCCUACUCACGUGUGAAGAGAAAGCUAAAGGGAGAGGUCAAGUUGGAGUGAGCCGUCUUCUUGCAGCCUCCACAUUGCGAUCCAAUCCCUGUUCUUAAAGAACCACAAACCUGCCUGGGACCAGCCCCAACCUAAUGACUCAAACACUGUAAACUUUCUUGUGUACUGAUAUGUACAGAAAAAAUGUACGUACCACUGUACUCAUAUGUACAGAGGUGGGUGUAAUUUUUAUUCUGCAUUAGUGCCUGUCUCUAGAUAGAGGUUUCCAGCAUUUCCAUUCCUCAGCUCACAUGGCCAAGAGGUAGUGGUCAUACUUUAGAGCCCAGGUAAAGUGACAAGAAAAAUGGACUUUAAUAGUCCUUAAGAGGGCUUUAAUUUAUUAUUAGUCCUGUCCUUUUUGAAAGGUAGUUAGGCUACAGAACUUUACUAAACACCUUAUUUAUAAAUGGGUUGAAUCCAUAGGGAAAAGGUCAGAUCUAUAUAUAACUACCUGUAACAUCUUUUAAAAGGUUCUGUUAAGUGGGGAUCACAUUAAUUGCUACCACUUUGCUUUGCUUUUUCCUUUUGCUUUUCAGUUGAUGUUUUAUUUUAAAGGGUGGCUGGUAGCUUCACUGCUGCAUCUGAGGUAGCUGAAAUUCAGGCUAGAGCAAAGCUUUUGUUUUACCGAAAUGUCACUGAGUAUAAAAGUUAAGAUCCUUGGUGUGUGUAUCUCUCUAUUGCCUUAGAGUACUCCACCAUCAGUUAAUGUCUUUUUAAACUUAACGUGUGAGAACAGCAGUGGCUCUUUUUCCAUCCAGGCUGUAUAAUGCAGUUGUGAAUGUAUUUCUGUUCAUAUGCUGAAGGGAGGAGGAAUAUGAAGAGAGGAAGAAUAACUUAACAUUUUAAUAUUUUAGAACAAACUGCUCACUGGGGAUAAUCUGAAGUUUCCUUUUUGCUUUUAAAGUGAUCAUCAGUUUGUCAUUUCCUCCAGUAAAAACUGAAUACGGUUAGAAAGUGACUGGUGUUAGCUUCUUAAAUGUCUUGAACAAACCAAAAUAACUUAAUUGGUGUGUGCAGAUCCUGUUCUAUGUAAUGACAUUAGGCAAGUACCCCUCACUGAUACUAAAGACUGAUUUUCACCUGUGUUAACAUGAGGAACUUUUGUUACUGUGAAUGAUUUGUUCUGAAAGGAGGAGUGGGUUGGGUUCAUGCCAUUAGCUGAAUUGCUGUGAUCAGUAUUAUAAGUGUGAGGAACUCGUGUAGAAGAGCAGUUGAGAGGCCCAGCAUUCUGCUGAGUUUUUGGAUCAAAUGCCAGUUCAUAUCUUUCACAGUAUGUAUGCAAUUUCUUCCCUUUUACUACAUUUAUUAAACAAUGCAAUACUUGAAA